AUGUCAAUCAAUCCGCCAUCCUCCAUCAAAGUGUCUCAGCACUUCAUCCCCCCAUGGCACGCAGCCCCCAACACAUCCAUUCAAGACAAGCCUCUGCUCAUCUACCGCGCCGUCUUCAAGAGGGACGUCUGCUCUGCAUCCCAUGUCUCUGCUCUCCUGAAACGCAUGGACGUUGUCGUGCCCCAGUGGCAGUAUACAAUGUACACACAAAGCCACUUCCAUUCAACGACCCACGAGGUCCUGAGUGUCGUCUCGGGACGCGCACGUCUCUGCUUCGGCGGGGAGGAGAAUCCACAUCGUGUCGAGCCUGUGGUUGAAGCGGGGGAUGUGAUCAUCGUGCCGGCGGGCGUGGCACAUCGCUUAUUGGAGGAUCAAAGCGGUGCUACUAGUAGUACUGCUGGGUUUUCCAUGGUUGGUUCGUAUCCCAAGGGUAAGGAGAGGGACAUGUGCUAUGGCGCGGGGAGUGAGGACGAGGAAGAGGAUGUAGACAGAUUAGAAGAUGAAACCAAAACCAAUUAG